UAAAAUGGGUAAAGUAUUUUGUAUGGUUUUGUGUAUUAUGUUUUUUUCUGAAGUGAUGUCAUGGACGGUUGAUCUGGGUGAAGUGAAAAAAAUAUUUCUUGAUAACGAAGUACAGUCUGACGAAAAUAGUGACGAAAUUAUAAAUAAUGAAAACGAUUUACUCGGAGAAAACUACGCACGAAAUUUCGGUUAUCAAGGAUAUAAGGAGAAAGAGGCGAGCAGUAUAAUUCGUAAUGGUAGCGUUUACCUUGAAGGCUUGAGUAAGGCCCUGAUGACGUACCGAAAUACAUUAUACAAGUGUAGUCUUAACAAAACUAAUAGCAAGGCAAACAGUCAAUUGAAAGAGAAGUCAAAUGAAAUAUUGUCGACGUGUGGGGCCGCCACUAAUAACAGUGAAUACGUUCAGAAAUUGUCCGAACUAGCGCUGUUGACGACGAAUAAACUGCGAGACAAGGCGUAUGAUAAUAAGGAUUAUAAGAAUGAUGCUAGAAAUGAGAACGAGCUCUUGCUACAGCUAGCAUGGUUGCUGGACCGGCUGGCGUACCUCACCGGGUACGAGCCGAACCCUAAGGAAUUUAUUGAAACAGAAACUUCGACAUUUGAAAUCAACGAAAACGACGCCACUGAAAAAAUCGAUACCGGAUCAUUAGAACUUCUCGAACAAACAGAAAAUGGCCGACCGCUGUCAAAACUCCCGCCGAAACAGUUGACGGCUGUCAAAUCGAUUAAAAAACGAUCCGCGGAGCCGUUGGAGAAUGUAAUGAAGUACUAUGUAAAAUAUAAAGUGUGGAAUAGUUCUAAUCAGUUUGAUAAUUUUAAUGAUAAAGGUGAUAAAAAAUUAAAUUUUGAUGUUCAAAAUGUGUUGACAGUACGACCUAUUAGCAAAAGGUCCGUAAAAAGAAAAUUCAUUAUUCGACGAAAUAAAAGGAGAAUGAAAACUUAUGAAUGA